AGGGGCGGGGACCCGGCGGGAGCGAAGCCGAGGGAGAGGGCGGAGCGGCUCUCGGGGCGCGUCAUCGGAGCACCAUGGCGGAGCAGGGAGCUGGUGGCGACGGCCACAGGGGCGGCGAUGGCGCUACGCAGAGCGACCCAGCGUCUGAUGGCUAUAAAGUACAAGAAAAGAAACCUGCCCCCAGCCGCCCCACUUCUACAGCUUCAGGACAAACUAGCAGCUACUCAGGAAACAAACCAGAUCCCCCACCUGUGCUACGGGUCGAUGACCGGCAGCGUCUGGCCAGAGAACGCCGUGAGGAACGAGAAAAGCUGCUAGCUGCGCGAGAAACCGUCUGGCUAGAGAGAGAAGAGCGCGCCCGGCAGCACUAUGAGAGGCACCUGGAGGCGCGGAAGAAGAAGCUGGAGGACCAGCGGCUGAAGGAGGAGCGGAGGCGGGCUGCGGUGGAGGAGAAGCGGCGGCAGAGACUGGAGGAGGACAAGGAGCGCCAUGAAGCCGUUGUCCGGCGGACGAUGGAGAGGAGCCAGAAGCCGAAGCAGAGGUAUAACCGCUGGUCCUGGGGAAGCCCCCUCCACGGGAGCGCGAGCAGCCACAGCGGAGAUCCAGACAGGCGGUCGGUUUCCACCAUGAAUCUUUCGAAACACGUCGAUCCUGUCAUUAGCAAGAGGCUCUCUUCCUCGUCGGCAACGUUGCUAAACUCUCCAGAUAGAGCCCGCCGCCUGCAGCUCAGCCCCUGGGAGAGCAGCGUCGUUAGCAGACUUCUGACGCCCACACAUUCGUUCCUGGCCAGAAGCAAAAGCACGGCCGCCUUGUCUGGAGACCCAGCGUCCUACAGCCCCGUCAUGCCCUUCAAAGCGGCACCCUCUAGAAACCCAGUGGACCGACCAAAGCUCUUGGUAACACCGCCCGAGGGCUCUGCGCGGAGGAAGACCAUUCACGGCAGCGUAGCGAGCCAUAAAAGAGAGCGGGAAAGAGAGCACCUUCCCUUCCACGUUUCCCCCGGCGCCCGCAGGACUCUGUCUCCUUCUAAUCUCAAAGCGAGGUCACCGGCCCCGGCCCGCCUUUGGCUCCCUUCCAAGUCCAUGCCUCACCUGCCUGGUGCUCCCCGGCCCGCGUCCUCCUUGCCGCCCGGCUCAGGCAAAGCGCCUUCUGCUCAGGCCCACUCCUCGGCUCCUGGCAACAUCCGCCCUGGCAAGAGAGAAGGGAAGGCGGAGCCUGAGAAAAAAGACCCCGAGAAGAAAGUAGCCAGUGAGCCCCCAAUAAAGGGCAGGGCGCCAUUAGUGAAGGUGGAGGAGGUCACAGUGGAAGAGGGGACAGCUGCGAAGCCACCUGACCCCGCUGCCCCAGCCUCGGCCCCCGGUCCAACCCCGGCCCCUUCUCCAGCUCCGGACACAGCACCAUUGUCCACCGUGACUGCUGGUGUCGUUCCUAAGACUUCUGCAGGCACCACCGACCCUGAAGAGGCUACGAGGCUGCUGGCUGAGAAGAGGCGCCUGGCCAGAGAGCAAAGGGAGAAGGAGGAGAGGGAGAGGAAGGAGAAGGAGGAGCUGGAGAGACAAAAGAUAGAGGAGUUGUCCCGAAGGGUGGCUGAGGAGCGAAGUCGCCGGGAAGAAGAAGCCCGCAGGCUGGAAGCGGAGCAGGCGCGAGAGAAGGAGGAGCUGGCGCUUCGGCUGGCGGAGGAGGAGAGGGAGCGGUCGGAGAGGGAGGAGGUGGAGCGCCUGCAGAAGCAGAAAGAAGAGGAAGCCCGAGUCCGGGAGGAGGCAGAGAGAGCUCGGCAGGAACGGGAGAAGCAUUUCCAGAAAGAAGAGCAGGAGCGCCUGGAGAGGAAGAAGCGACUUGAAGAGAUUAUGAGAAGAACCAGGAGGACGGAGGCAGCCGAUAAGAAAACCACUGAGCAAAGAAAUGGUGACGUAGCCAAAGGAGUUCUCGCUGGAGAGACAGAGGUGUCUGCACUGCCACAGAUGAACUCUCCAGGAAACGGAGAGUCUGCAGAGAGCCCACAAGGAGUCGCUUCACAGCUGUCCAAAGGAACCACAGAGAGUUCUCCAGAUGUGGAAAAGCAGCCAAAUGAAAAUGGAAUGUCUGUACAAAGUGAAAAGUUUGAAGAAAUUAUAAACUUGCCUGUUGGAUCAAAAGCGUCCAGAUUAGAUGUCACCAGUGAGAACCCAGAAAUUCCUUUGAAACCAAUUUUGGCCUUUAACGAUGAAGGGACACUUGGGCCCCUAACUCAGGUGGACGGAGUGCAGACACAACAGACCGCAGAAGUUAUAUGAGCAUUUCCUCUGAAGAACCAAAACAAACAUUUUCUACAACGAAUGGAAUUUCAGGCUCCAAAGGAGCCCCUCCCUCCGGUUUUCUAAAGAGUUCUUGACCAUCAUUUUUAAAAGAUGUAUUAAAGCCAGCUAAAGACAACAGACUUGGUAGCUUUUCUAAUCAUUUUCGCCAAUAGAAAGAAAUGCUCCUUAAUCUGAAACCCUGAGAUGGCAUUUUCCAGCGUGUUCCUCCUUCUUAGUAAAUCAAUAUUUUUCUGCGUCCUUAAAAAAAAAAACAAACAAAAAAAAAAACUAAAGAGCAUUUCAUUAUACAAAGAAAUGGACUGGCAAGGCAUAAUUAUCACACAGACCUUUUUUGAAUUUUAAACUUCAAUAUAUAAGAUUGGCAAAAAUAAAAUACGUUUUACAAUGUAAUACUUGACCAUCAGUACCUCUUCGCCCUCCAAGUAGACUGAGUGGAGGGAAUUUAAACAAACCUGAUUGUUUAAAUAUUACUGCAGAAGCAGUUUGUAGAGGCAGCAGGUGGCCAGGUGACCUGGCUCAUAAACAGCUGUCACAGGCGUACUGCAGACCGUGGCCACAGUCUUCUGAGACUCCUUUUACAGAACUAUACUGACCAAUAUGAAAAUGUGAAAACAUUUUUUUCAGAGCAAGAAAAUAAUUUGCUGUCCUCUCUUUGUUCCCUGUUUUUGGGGUUUUUUUCCCCCCUACUUUUUAGAGAACAGGUUUCUCUGUGUAGCCCUGGCUGUCCUAGAACUGGCUCUGCAGACCAGACUGACCUCGAACUCACAGAGAUCCACUGGCCUCUGCUUCCCAAGUGCUGAGAUCAAAGGCGUGUGCCAACCCCGCCUGGCUCAGUUGACCUCUUUUUUUUUUUAAGUGAUGUAUUUAUAAAAGCUUUUUCUGCUAGAUAAAUUAGAACAAGACAGGGCGCAGACAUCUCCAGUGGACACACUCCGCCGCCUGCUGCUGUGGAGCGUGGAAGUCCUUGUGGGGCUCUCUGAAGUUUGUAUGCUGCUGCCACCACCAGCGAUGGUGGGACCUCUCUCUCUGCCUUACGUGAUCAGGAAUGAUGUGGGGAAGUAAAUAUUUAAUAUUCCUUUAGAUCAAAGAAUUUGGUUCUGCUCGUUUCAGAGCAAUGAAAAAUAAAUGAUGUCAUGUCGACGUCAGGGGACAAAGGCCCGUCACAGGUGUCCUCAGUGUACAGGGACUGUCGGCUUCUCCUGUCUAAUCUUUCUUCAUUCUCGCUGCUCAGCCCUGCUGUACAAAUUUGCACUUUCACUUGCUAAUAUAAAUUCAAUUUAUUUUCCCACUCAAGAGACGACCAAUGAGAGACGGAGACGGAACGCCAAGGGCAAUGGUGUAUCCCUCCUACUCUUGGUUUUAUACUAAGAGCAAUUGGUGAAUCUACAAGAUUUAAUGGGAGACUAUUCAUCCGUUGGGGUUCUUUUAAGUCCAAGCAUACAAUCUUUACCAACCGUUUGUAAAACAUUGUUAAAACAUCGAUUUUUGGGGUUUCCCUAUUUGGUUGUCCUUGUACAUCUAGAUAGUGUAUUAAAAAAAUCUGUUCAGUAAAUUUGUUCUAUUUAUUUAAAUCUACCAAACAAAAUACAAAUAAAAUGUUUGAUAUAGUUUUACCUUA